AUGCAUGCUGUGGGAACACAAGCACGCGGAUACGGUGAGAAGCUGCCUGCAGAACAAUGCACAAUCAGCUCUCUAGCACGCUACAGUGUGUCUACGAUUGGUAGAGUAGACGCAGCCAGCCGCUGCCCUUGCAGGAACGAAACUGCAUCGCAUCGCAUCGCAUCGCAUCGCAUCGACGAGGCCAGCAGCCUACAGACCUACCAACGGAUCCUCCUGAACUCUACUAUACUACUCUGUACAGAGUACAUACUGUUCGGAUACAUAUACGGGAAAACAAGGCCAAUUGUUAAUCAGCCAGAACUGGAGCUUCGCUGA